GGAGGGUUGUCACUGGAGCAAGAAGAACAGUCCGAAGAUACCACGAAUGAAUGUUCUCUUAGAGAUGGUCACCUGAAAUACCGACUGGGCACAUCAUGUCCAGGUCGAGAAAACGCUUGAAAAGAUCUCGCAACAUAACGGCAAAGGUUGAGGACCGAAGAAAUCGCAGAUUUCUUGAAUCUGGAAGGAGUACCAGCAGAGGUUUCGGGAAACACCGACUCCCUUUACAGGCAGUCUCCUCCCAUACCAACAGUGCUCCGCGUCCUCUGGACCUUUACACAUCAAUAUUGCUUCCAUCUUACAUUCAGAAACCUGCCUUUGGUGGACCUGAAAAUACCUCAAAUCUUCGCAUGUGAGGCCACUCGUACCUCAAGACCUUCUUCCAACAACGCUACUGAGAUAGUUGAAGAUGACCGCAAUUAUCCUCCUGCUUGUCCUCCUGACUUCCACUGUUUCCACAUGGGCAUUGGCAGUGCUGCCCAGGGCUCGAGGUCAGGCUCCCAAUCUGCACGACACUGCCCAUGGACUUGUCAAGCGCAAUGCUACCAGCGCCACUGUCGAUCAGCUCCAACUCAACAUCAAUCCCAGCAUCAUCAAUCCCAAUUGUGGAGGAAUAUAUCUUGCCAACAUCAACGUCGAAUAUGCGCCCGACCCUUUCUACCUCUCCAGCGCCUGCCAAAGCGUUCUCAAUUUCAUUGGCGGCAACAAAGGAAGCAAGAAUGUCGAUGUGAUCUUCACAUGCCUCGGUCAGUCAACCAGUGGUUCCGGAAACCGUGAUAUCAAGGUCAUCAUCAAUACUGCGGCCAUGAACGUUCUGAAUGGCGCAAACAGUGGCGUCCAAGAGAUUGCCGGAUCCAUGGAGAUGAUGGACGAAACAACCAAUUCUUUCCUGUCCGCGACUAUCGAGCUCGGUGUCAAGGUUGAUGCUUCCACAAAGACCCAGGCUUACGAGUACAUCUAUUGUUGAGAACCGACUAAAGAAGAGCAAGGAGUACUGUUGGCGGUAUAGGCCGACGGCAGGUCCGAGCCGAGGGAGUGUACUUUCGACCAGCCCCAAGCGCUUCAAAGUCCGCAGGCUUGGACAAUGCAAGUAACAUGUAGGAUGAUGUGCGAGCGCCACCGUGGUGUCGAGAGUUUU